AAUUUGGUCGUUACGGUCCUAUAGUUGAUGUGUAUGUUCCACUUGAUUUCUACACACGCCGUCCAAGAGGAUUUGCUUAUGUUCAAUAUCCUUUCUUCAGAUGGCUGAUUAGUGAGGGGUGUUGAAGUUUGAAAUUCAAGUUUAUAGAAUGUAAAGCUGUACAGUUAUGGCGACCCCAGAGAGAAAGCAUGAAAGAACCUUUAGAGUAGAGUUCAACACUUAAGGCAAGUAGACAAGCCAAAGACCUCUUAAGGAUCAGGCUUGAAGAGAAGGGAGAGUUUGGGAAAAGAAAAAAUAAAGAAAAGCUGGAAGAAGGACAAGCCUAAUGGGAGACAAAGCCUCGCUUUAUCUACAAAAGGGGGAAAAGGUUGUUUUUCAAAGUUAAAGAUAAAGCCAUCUGUCAUAUUUGGCCAAGCAUCUCAUGACAAGUCCUUCUGACAAGCACUUAAAGAGUUAAAGGUCAAGAUGAAGUUGAAUGAUGGCCAAGAUUAAAGGAGUCAUACCUGAUGAUGUUCGUGAUGCUGAAGAUGCUUUGCAUAAUUUGGACAGAAAAUGGAUUUGUGGACGUCAGAUUGAAAUACAGUUUGCACAGGGGGAUCGGAAGACGCCAAAUCAGAUGAAGGCCAAGGAAGGGAGGAACGUGUACAGUUCUUCACGCUAUGAUGAUUAUGACAGAUACAGACGUUCCCGAAGCCGAAGUUAUGAAAGAAGGAGAUCAAGAAGUCGGUCUUUUGAUUACAACUAUAGAAGAUCUUAUAGUCCUAGAAACAGUAGACCGACUGGAAGACCACGGCGUAGCAGAAGCCAUUCCGACAAUGAUAGAUUCAAACACCGAAAUCGAUCUUUUUCAAGAUCUAAAUCCAAUUCAAGAUCACGGUCCAAGUCCCAGCCCAAGAAAGAAAUGAAGGCUAAAUCACGUUCUAGGUCUGCAUCUCACACCAAAACUAGAGGCACCUCUAAAACAGAUUCCAAAACACAUUAUAAGUCUGGCUCAAGAUAUGAAAAGGAAUCAAGGAAAAAAGAACCACCUAGAUCCAAAUCUCAGUCAAGAUCACAGUCUAGGUCUAGGUCAAAAUCUAGAUCAAGGUCUUGGACUAGUCCUAAGUCCAGUGGCCACUGAUAUUAUAAACCAUGAUAAUUUUUAGGCAUGUAUCAUUCAUUUACUCAUAGUUUGGUUUACUUAAAUUAUCAGGAAUACAAUGUUGCAAUGAUGCUUAAAAAACACUUGUUAGUUUUCCCUGUACCAGGCAAUGGUUAUAAUUAAAAUGAUAUGCUGUUGAGAAGCCACUCUUAAGAGUCCAGUCUGUUUAAUGUUAUGGGCAGCUACCAAUUCGUGGUGUCUCUGUAUAUUUUUGUAAAGAUUCUCAUUUUUUAUGCUUGAAGUAUUUGGUGAAAAGAUGUUGGUUGACCAUAAUUUGCAACAUUGUCUUAUUAAAAAUAAACUUUAAUAUCCAUAUUUGGUAGAACUGUUAACCUAAAAAUGUAGCUUGCUAAUAAGAUAGAAUGAUACAAAAGUGAAGUUGUAGCUACAGUACAACACUGACUGCUCAGACACAUUUAGGUUCAGGGUGGACCUUUUUGUCUUGUUGAUGUGUAGGACAAUGAUAAUAGUUUAUGAUGCAGUGUGGAAUAGUCCUUUUGUCAACCCCACUGUCUUGGGGAAUGAUGCCAACUGGGUUAAGGAGCAUUUUCAGGGAGAUUGAGAGGAGUUUUUGACAGAAACAUGGAGCCUUCACUGCUUUUUUUUCUGGUUUCUAAGAAGAUUUGGAACAUACAUCAGAAAAACUCACCUUAAAAUUUGAGGUCAAUGCUGGCAGAAGUAACUUUAUGGGGGGAAAUAAUGUUCUUAUGUAGUGUUCUAAAAUUUAAGGAGCAUUGUUGCAUAAAAUUGCUUAGUAUUCUUACUGCUGUUAGAAGCAAGUAAAUUGUUUCAAAGUGGGUUUUGUGUGCGUAGUGUAAAAGACCUGAAUUUUGAUUCUUACAACACUUGACAUGUGCAUUUGUAUCAAAAUUUGCCUACCUCUUUAUGAGGGAGGCUUGCUCUUCACACCUCAAUUUAUUUAAUGUGAGGCAAGUUGAAAGACAACACUCCCAUUCUAGGUGAUUCUGUGGUGCCAUGAAAUUUAAAAUAAUUUGGGGAAAAGGAUUAGUCAGUUUUAAGCAAGAGUCACGUCUCUUGAGUUUUUGAUUAUCAGUGUAGUACCAAACUAAAAAUGAGGAAGGAAUAAUACCCUUAACCAUUUAUAAUUUCUAGUAUUUCUCUGAAAGAUCAUUUUGGGGCAAUAAAAGUGACUUGACAUGUCCAGUCUCAUUUCAGAAUAAAAAGCUAGCAUCUUUAAAAAUCUCAGAUUGCUUGCUUGCAAAUGUAAGUAAGAAAUAUUGUGGGGAAAUGAUUCCUUUUAGAGGAUUACUUUUUUCAAUUUUGGUUUUAGUAAUCUAGGCCUUGCCUGUAAAGAACAAAAAGAUGGUUUUAAAAUACUGUUUGUGGAAUGUGUUUAAAGGAUUGAUUCUAGAACCUUUGUAUAUUUGAUAGUAUUUCUAACUUUCAUUUCUUUACUGUUUGCAGUUAAUGUUCAUGUUCUGCUAUGCAAUCAUUUAUAUGCACGUUUCUUUAAUUUUUUUAGAUUUUCCUGGAUGUAUAGUUUAAAUAGCAAAAAGUCUAUUUAAAACUGUAGCAGUAGUUUGCAGUUCUAGCAAAGAGGAAAGUUGUGGGGUUAAACUUUGUAUUUUCUUUCUUAUAGAAGCUUCUAAAAAGGUAUUUUUAUAUGUUCUUUUUAACAAAUAUUGUGUACAACCUUUAAAACAUCGAUGUUUGGAUCAAAACAAGACCCAGCUUAUUUUCUGCUUGCUGUAAAUUAAGCAAACAUGCUAUAAUAAAAACAAAA